ACCAUCUGUUAAUGCUUGGUUGCUGAAUGUCACUUGGUGUGUUUCACUCUCUUCUGGAAAUCACCCCUCCGGUGAAAAACAGCGUCUGAGCUUGUGGUAGUCAUCCUGCCUGGCCGCCCGGUUUCUGGAGAGAAGUUGGCAAAAGGCUGUGACAGCGAUGAUGGCGCUGCAACUGAGGAACGGGGAUGCAGCGUAUUACCAGAGUGCACAGUACUACAGAAAUUACACUUCGCCGCCGGUCAGCUACGGUGACAGCAGUCAUUAUCUUGCCCGACUGCCAGGUCCAGAAACCAUGCUGAAGCCUCCUCUGACUCUCUUCAGCCAUUCCCAGCAGCCUUUCCGACACAUGGAUUCUCUGCACCAGCUGGGACCGCUGCCGAUGGCACCUAUGCAGCCUCUCGGCCCACCACCUAUUGCUCCUGCUCAGGCAAUUGGGCCCCCAACUAUGGCUCCCACCCAGACUCUAGGACCUCCUCCCAUAACUGCUGCUCACACAUUAAGGCCUGCCCCCAUUACUCCACCACAUACCUUAGGCCCCCCUCCAAUAUCUCCAGCUCAGCCACUGGGCCCUCCAUCGAUGGCACACACAUUGGGUCCCCCACCUCUAGAUCACACACAAGCAAUAGUGCCUCCAACUAUGGACCUCACACAAUCACUGGGGCAUCCACCUUUGAACCCUGCACAAACACUGGUCCCCGGAUCUGGUCAGUUCCCCCUUCCUCCCAGCCCCAUGUCCUCCCCUCCUGCUCCAGGCCCAGACCCUUCACACCUGCCCCCAAGGCCCCCAGUAACAGCCCUCAUCCCAUCCUCGGUGUCUGGCAUCAUCCCUCUUCCAGGCCAGGCAGCCCCAGUCAGCGAGCUGCCCCAGGAUGAGGGCUCUCCAGUGGGGACGGAGGAGCAGGAGGACUCUCUGGGACUGGAGGAACUGUGCAAACCUCUCUACUGUAAACUCUGCAACGUUACCCUCAACUCCGCUCAGCAGGCACAAGCUCACUACCAGGGAAAGAACCACAGUAAAAAGUUAAGAAAUUUCUACGCUGGCAGUCAACAACCUACAUCCAUCAGGAUCCCAGAAGUCCUCGAGGCAGCUGGCCAGGCAGCCCCCAGCUCAGGAUCCAGUGACAGCGACACAGGCAGGCAGGCACUGUAUAAGGGGGUGACGCGGGUCAUCUUGGCCACAGAGAACGACUACUGUAAACUGUGUGAUGCCUCAUUCAGUUCGCCGGCAGUUGCGCAGGCCCACUACCAGGGCAAAAACCACGCCAAGAAACUACGGCUUGCUGAGGCCCAACACAACUCCAAUAACAUGGACAGCAGCAAUGAGGCACCCCCAAGAAGAAACAGGAAGGAUGGCAGCGAGUACAGACUGGUGAAAAACCGCCGCAGCCCACAGCUACCAGCUUCUAUGCCAGGCCCAUACUACAACCCCAGACCGAGGCAGCGCAUCCCUAGAGACUUAGCCAUGUGCGUGACUCCCAGCGGACAGUUCUACUGCUCCAUGUGCAACUGCGGAGCUGAGCAGGAGACAGACUUCAGGCAGCAUCUGGAGAGCAAGCAACACAAAGCUAAAAUGUCAGAGUUAAGAUACCGCCACGAGAUGGAGAACCUUGGCUACAGCUAAGAGACACAAGAGGGGAGGGGGGGAAGAGUGGGACAGAAUAGGUGGAGACACAGUCUAAGACCAGAGUGCAGGAAAGCAAAUACUAGUAAAUAAUUUAGUGAAGGGAUCGGCCCAAAUGGCCUCCAGAUCUUCUUGCAGUUCAUUUGAUAAAUGGAUCAAACACUCAAAUCCACAUAUUUGAAGUAAUGCUCUGCUCUAUGAAGCUCAGUGGAUAUGAUGGAUUUACAGUAUUUGGCCUUGGGUAGUAUGCUUUUCUAAAAUCUAGUCUUUAGAGGCAAAGCGGCCUGCAAUGUGAAAAUGGAGAACAGGAACAAAGCAUCUAAGAAAAUAGUGGAUUUUUGGUUAACUUUCCUCCAAGGCUUUGAGUGGGUUGCAUUCUGACUUAGGAAACAGCAAAUGAAUUGCAAAGAAAUCUUGCAGGCUACAAGGAGAGGACUAGUGGUUCACAUGGAGCCAACAGGACAGGAGAGGAGGUACAACAGCAAGCAUGCGCAGAGGGUUAACACAUUAAGAGAGGAUGAAAAUGUUAAAAAAAGAAAGGAGGUAAUGGUGGAAGUAAAAGGAAGGAUGUAACAACAGAAGCAAAGACUUUAGGUCAAAACAAGUCUCUCCUUUGAAAAAAAUACUGAGAACAAAGUUUUAGUUUAAAACUUGUUUUUCCAUUGUGUGCAUGUGAAGCAGCCCUACAGGUAUUUUUGCAGGCCCUUUAGCAGGCAGGGACUUCAGGGCCUUUUCUAACCACAGAGCCACAUGGGGUAAAAAGAGUAAAUUCAACAUCUUUAUAAUGUACUACAGGUAAAAGAAAUCCAAAGCACUAUUUACCAACUUAAAAAAAACAAAGCACAAUGAACAUCAUCUGGUAGAAAUAGAGUUACAUGCAUCUGUCAGCCUUAGCUGACAUCUUACCGGUCCUUUGGUGUGCACCAGGAUAAAGGCUAAGCCAUGGCUAGCCUAGUUUGUGCCUUUAGUGGGAAUAAAGCUAAAGAGGAAGCUUUAGCCAGCCAUUUGGAAGUUGUGGAAACAAAUCUCCAGUACUAAUUGGGUUUUUUCUUUAUUCUGUGUAAUAUCUGUUCGUUUAAUAAAUCCACACAAAUGUGAUGUAAAUAUUCUCAAAUUCUAUUAUACAUGUACAUAUAGUAUAAUAUACAUGAAUAUUAUUCAUUGUUUGGCUAAUGUUACCCUAGCAUAUAUUGUAAAUACUUAUAAUCUAUUUAAUAAUUAUCAGGAAUCUUGUACAAAGUGUGCACUAACUGAAUACCUAUCAUCACUGUAUGGUUGCGCGUGGAUUUCACAGUAAGACCACCAUACCAUGUUGGAUGGUGCUUUUGUUCACUGGUAGAAUAACUUAGGUGCCAUCCAUCAGGAGUUAAGAUCUCUUUUGACUGUGCAGGAGGACCAUAUCAGGAGAGGUUGUGUCUGAAGCUGAAACUUCUUUCACAAGCUGAAUCUUUGUGAGAAAGAUGCGUGAAAACAUGACGGGUAUACACGUGGGCUGAAAGAAUAUGUCUAAACUUCUAAUUAGCUUUAAAUUGCAAAUUAACAUGUUCAGGACUUGUGGAUGUUUCUGGUUACGAGACAUGUCAUUGACUUUUCCCAGUCUAUCUGGAUUCCCAGAGGGGACGUAACCAGGUUUUAUUGCAGCGUGAAAUGAUUGUAGAGGAGUGACAUGGAUUUUAUCUGGAUUUGCAGAGAGAUGUGUUUUUAUUUUAUUUUUACCCCAAAUGACGCAGGUCCAGGUAUUUUUCAGUAUUUAGCCUAUCCUAAACACAUCAGUUAUGUAAUUGGAAUGCUGCUGAUUUGUUGUUUCUGGUUAUAUGAUUUGUGGUUCUGGUUCUGUGGUGCUGAGCUGAAGACAGUGCAGUCACAAGGCAUCUGAGUUUUACGGUCAUAAUUUAAAUGGUGAAAAAGUGCAUACUGUGCCUUUAAUGUUGACUGUGAUCACUAUUGCAUUUGAAAAUAAUGACAGGGUCAAAAAAUCUUCAAAUCUUGUGUUUGUGUUUCAAACACAAAAAAUAUUUCUUUUAAAUAAUUAUUUGCAGACUGAUGAUUCUUUAGUCCUUUUGUUGGAAAAAUAUUCUUUUUGCCUGAAAAUGUCAUUUUAUGUGGCAGUUAAAAGGGUUUUCCAUCUAGAUUUUCAGAUGCCAACAUGCUUCACCUCUACAGUACAUGAUUAGAGUAGAUCUGUCCUUCAAAAGAGGA